AUGCCGCAUCGGCAGACAGAGGUGGACAUGCCGCAGGUAGAGUGCAAGGACCAGGAGCCACAGCUGUUGGAGGAGAGCCAGGAGCGGCAGCAAGGCGAGGAGAGCCGCGAAGAGGAGGCUGGUCGAGGGCCAGCUAGUGCCAACCGCCAGAUGAUGAUGCUGGAAGGGAAGUCAGGACCCUACUUCUCCUCUCUGGACUCAAGCAUCAACAUCCUGAAGAAGAGGGCCCAGGAGCUGAUCGAAAACAUCAACGAGAGCAGGCAGAAGGACCAUGCCCUCAUGACCAACUUCAGAGACAGCCUCAGGAUCAAGGUUUCAGACCUGACAGAGAAGCUAGAGGAGAGGAUGUAUCAGAUUUAUAAUCACCACAACAAGAUCAUUCAGGAAAAGCUCCAAGAGUUCACCCAAAAAAUGGCAAAGAUCAGUCACCUGGAAACAGAGCUCAAAGAAGUGUGCCACAGCGUGGAGACCGUGUACAAAGACCUGUGCGGCCAGCCUGAGGUAUGA